AUGGAUAGUGAUCACUACCCAGCCUGUGCUCAUUAUGGGAAGGACAACCACACUGCCGCUGAAUGCUACAAGAAGAGGAACUCAUGCUUAAAAUGUGGCAGGACUAAUGUAGUAGCCAACGCCUUAAGUCGGAAAGUUGUAACCUCCGUGGCAUAUUUGAUGGUUCGAGAAAUGAAGUUAUUAGAGGAUGUGGUGGAGUGGCACCCAUCUCAACAUCAUAGUAGGGAGGAAGGAAUGCUUUCUUGUCUAAAGAUGGAGCCCCAACUAUUUCAACGAAUCCGGGUGGCUCAAAAAGGAGAUCCUCAGCUUGUAAAGAUUCUAGAAGAGUUGAAGACAGAUGGAAAAGAGGAUUUCUCUAUGAGCAAUGAUGAAUUGUUAAGGUUUAAGGACCGAUUAUGUGUUCCUCAUGAUGAAAGGAUAAAAAGGGCUACUCUGGAAGAAGCACACCACUCUCACUACACGAUACACCUUGGGAGUACAAAGAUGCACCAGGGUUAUAAAAAGACCUUCUGGUGGAACAACAUGAAGCGAGAUGUGGCACAGUUUGUCGCUAAAUGUUUGAUGUGUCAGCAAGUGAAGGCGAAACAUCAGAAACCUGUCGGACUAUUGUAG